GUAAGGUAGCUUUUUUUAAUUUUUAUAAAAAUGUACUGUUUGUGUGUAAGUUUAGUUUUGAUAUCAGCAGUGUUGUAUACCAACGCUGCUGUUGCGUUGUAUAAAGCACAAGAGAAGCCGGCAGAAUUUGCAAACCAGGAGGGAUGCUACCUAGAACACUUGAAUAAAGUGAUACCAUAUGGCGAUUACUACCCGGCGAAGUCGUGUUACAAGUACACGUGUGAUACGGAUAAUAUUACGCAGACGUUUUCAUGCGGCGUAGUGGAAGUAGACAUAAGAUGUGCACUCGUCAGUAACGAAGACGCUGACUAUCCUGAUUGCUGUCCUACUGAGGUGUGCGGGACUAUUUCACCAGAAUAUUUAACUGAGGAAGACAAGACUAAACCAGUGAUAGAAGAAUCCAGUGAAAAGGGAAGUAAAUCAACAGAAGAAUCCAGUGGAAAGGGAAAUAAAUCACCAGAAGAAUCCAGUGAAAUAGGAACUAAAUCACCAGAAGAAUUUGAAGAAGGCAGAACUGGAUCGCCCGUGUUUGAGGAAAGUGAGAGUGUAGCAACUGAUAGCAGUGUAGUGAAAUCACUAAAUCGUGAAGGAUCGGUUAAUGAGAUUCUGAUUGCUGAUGAGAAUUCGAAUUUAGGUGGGUGUGGUGUCAUAGCAGUAUUGCCUGGUUCUCGUAUAGUUGAAGACCGUUAUAAGCAUUAUCCUGACUGCUGCGGUAAGGCUGUAUGCGAUACAACAACCACGCCGCCUUCAACUGCGACAACCUGCGGCGAUUCUGCAACCACUGAAGCUCCAGGAACCACUGAGGCAUAA